UUUCCGCCCCCAUCCUACAGGGUUCGCUAAACUUCCGCCAAACGGCAGCUUUUCACCGGAAGUAGUGGCUGUCAAGUUAGCAUCACAAUUAGCCACAGCAACCGAAUUAGCGUCUAACAUUUUUUUUAAAUACGUCAUUAUUGAGUCUUUGGCGAGAUGUCGGGAAGGAAGCGGGACCGGGCGAGCGAGAAACAUGACAGCAAGCGAGAGCACAAAAGACACAAAUCGAGCAAAGAGGACGACGAGAAGAUCAAGAGCCAGAUGAAGAAACUCAACCAGCAAGUGCAGAACCUCAAACACGUGGAGACAUUCUACGAAAAACCUCCACCUGGGUACAUUAAGGAACACGAGGAGAAGCCAGAGGACUGUAUACCCGCGGAACCCGGGAAUGAAGAAGCCCGCAGCUUCCUGGCUAACGCGCCCACCAGGGGCCUGUGGAUGCCCCUCGGGAAGGAGGUGAAGGUGAUGCAAUGCUGGCGGUGCAAACGUUACGGCCAUCGCACCGGAGACAGAGAGUGUCCAUUUUUCAUCAAAGGCAACCAGAAGCUGGAGCAGUUCCGUGUGGCUCACGAAGACCCGAUGUAUGACCUCAUCCGUGAAAACGAACGUAACGAAAAAGAGACCAGGAUCCAGCAGCUGCAGCAACUUCUCCAGGACACCACCUCAUCCUCCUCCUCCUCCUCGUCAUCCUCCUCCGACAGCUCCUCGUCUUCGGAGCGCCACCGCAGCAAGAAGAAGAAGAAGAGGAAGGACAAAAAGAAGAAGAAGGAGAAGAAGAGAAGUAAAAGCAAGAAGAAGCACAAGUCCUCCAAACCUAGCGACUCCUCGGACUCGGACUGACCGGCUCAUCCCAGCCAGUAGGAGGCGCUGUGGUGCUCUCCCCUCCCGCAGGUUUGACGCCGCCAUCUUUGAGCAGACCAAAAGAGAUGCUUAACACAAUAUUACCCCCACUCUCCUUUUUGUCUCCCCGCCAUCUUCCAUUUCUGUGGAAACACUCACGACUCUAAAAGCCCUGAACGGAAAAACCGCCACCGCGGAUUCCACAGCAGAGUGAACACUCGCAACAUACUUGGGAUGGUUUGAGGUUUAGGUCGCUUGCUCUGGAAAAGGCGGGUAAAGAAUGUAUGCGGAUGAUUCUAGUCUUCUCAGAAUAAAGACCUUUUUCCUCCCCUA